AUGAAGAAGGCUCCUGCAGUAACAAGCGUUAAGUCUGCACCCCCGAUGAAGACAGCGAGUCUGGUGGUUGGGGCUGGGUCUGCUUCUGUGAGUGCAGCGGUUUCACCACGAAAGGAGGCAGCAAAAGGCAAACAAAAAGCGCAACCAAAGCAAGGUGCAUCUUCAUCUUCUUCAAACAACAAGACUGGAGGAGCAUCUACUAACAAGACUGGAGCUGCUUCGUCAUCGUCAUUAGCAUCCAAACGGAAUAACAAAUUAAGGGUAGGCUAUAAAGGUGCUUUUGUUGCCGUUUGCUAUGGCUCUCCUGAGGGGGACAGCCAUAACAAGCGGGAGAAACGAACACCAAAACCCUACCUCUAAACAAAGCCGGCGCAGCCACUUCUAGCUCGUCUAAGGAGUCUUCAUCAGCGGCUCCAGGCGGUAGCAAAAAGACCAAUAAGCCUAGUACCACAUCAACUACUAACACAAGAUCAGGAGCAAGAGCAUCCAACACGGGUGGUGCAUCCUCGAAAGGCCCUGCAGCAAAAGCAAAAGCAGCAAGUGUACCGAAGAAGGCUGCGGCACCUAAAAAGGGCCCCGCAUCGAAAAAGGUCGAGCCAACUGCAAAGGCAAAAAGCAAGAGCAUACCAGUCCAAAAGAACACCGCGAUGAAGAAGAAGUGAAGGACACAGCACUUUUAUUAGCGUGAAAAAAACUGUCUGAGCCCCAUCAAAGCGUUAACAAUUUCCCCACAAGCUCAUUAUCCGGAGGCUUUCACAUGAUCUUCGCAACUAGGUUCACAUGACGCCAUUCAUUGAAAUCAAAGUGAAGUAGGUCGUCCUCAAUUCAUAUUGAUAUUUUUUGCAGAAAAUAAAAAUAAGGUUGUUCGUUGUAACCGUCAGGAAUUUUAUCCAUGUUCGUUGUAACCGUCACUCCAUGCCAGCACAGUUAACACGGAAACGAUCCUCGUCACAUUCCCAAAAAUCUGUAUCUGGUGUGCUGAUCCCCGACACAGAAAUAAGAAGUGGUUCACGAUUUGAAUCAGGAUUUGCAGCCUUCAACCUGAAGUUCGUACUUCUUCCGACAGGAGCAUAUAUUCUAUUUCAUCUAUGACACAUGCAUCACUGACGCGGUU